AUGAGCACAGUAAAUGAACUUUUAAAUUAUUUUGUUGUCAAUGAUGAUAAUGAUUUAAUUAAAAAGGAGGAAGACCAGAAAGAAAAAACAAUAAUAAAAAGAUAUUUUCCUGGAAAAAAACCGCAUUAUGCAAAGAAUGCUGGUGAUGAAGAUGACGAUGAAGAUGAAGAUGAAUAUAACGAAGUAUUUAAUGAACAAACAAAAUAUAUAGAAGAAACUGUAAAGAGUGAUGAAAAGAAUAAUUUAGUGACUCAACCGUAUAAAUAUAUUAAUGAAAAUGAUAAUAGAUAUAUAAGAUUAAAAAAUAAGAAUAUAAAUGGAGAUGAAAAAGAAAGAAUAAAAAGAAGAAUAAGAGAAGUAAAAGUUAUUGAUUACAAUGAACAAGCUAAAGAAGAAGACAUGUUAUCAAUAAAAGAAAAAAUUGAAGGAGAUAAUAAUAAUAUUAAUAAAGAUUUACCAAUAUGUGAUAAUGGAGAAAAAGAAGAGGAAGAAGAGGAGGAGGAGGGAGAUGAUGAUAAUGAUGAUGAUGAUGAAGAUGAGGAAGAAGAAGAUAUAGAUGACGAUUGUUAUUUGAAAGAUGAAAGUGAUGAUAACGAUAUUAUUAUGAAACAUGAAUUUAUUUCAAAAGACUGUAGAAAAACGCUUCUAGAAAAAAAAAAUGAAGAAGAAAUGGAAAAAAAAAAAAUAAAAGACAUUAAUGCAGAAAAGGAAUUAAUUGAAAUGGAAAAAAAAGAAAAUGCUAUAAAAGAAACAUUAAAUCAAGAAAUGAUAGAAGAAAAAUUAAGAAAUAAAGAAAAUAAUGUAUUUUCAUCAGAAGAAGAUUUUGAAGAUGAACAAGAUGAGGAAUUAAAUGAAAAAGAAUAUGAAUUAUGGAAAAUAAGGCAUCUUAAUAGAUUAAAAAGAGAUGAAAUAGACAGAAAAAAAUAUGAAAUUUUGAAAAAAGAAGUUAAAAAAAGAAGGAAAAUGACAGAUAAAGAAAUAAUAGAAGAAAAUAAAAAAUUACCACACAAAGAAAAAAAAAAAAAAAGAAAGAUGUUAUUUAUGCAAAAAUAUUAUCAUAGAGGAGGAUUUUAUCAAGAUUUAUUUGAAGAAGGAAAAGAAGAAAUAUAUUUACGUGAUUAUAAUGAACCAGUUUAUGAAGAUAAAAUAGAUAAAGAAAAAUUGCCAAAAGUCUUACAAGUUAGGAGGGGUAAUUUCGGUAAACAAGGACAAACGAAAUAUACCCAUUUAUUAGAUAAUGAUACUUCAAGAAAAGAUUCUUUAUGGAAAAAUAAUGAUUUAAAUUUUAAUUCCAAAAAAAAAAAAGAUUUAUUCGAAAGACCUACAUACAGAAAAAAUUGA